CUUGUCUUCACAUGGCAAAGUCGCCAGAGUCCACGGGAGCAACUCGCCAUUUUACGCAACAGUGUCAUCACCCAAUCACGUCGAUGGUUCAGAAAAAAUCUAACUUCCAAUGCUUGGUUCGGGUUCUCAAUCCACCAAGGUCGGCCUCUCUCACUAGAUGAGUUGGCUAGAAACCCUAGCUUGUAAAGAGGUUGGAAUCCCUCAUCUGCUCUCCCCAAAAAACCAAUUUUCAAUCUACCGAAUAGGUUUAUUGUGAUUUCAGGAGGUUCGUUUGAUAUCCAAAAACUGCUUAGCAACAGUCAAACAUGUGAGAAAUGUUGGGGUGAACCAGAAAAGUUUGAGUAGAGCUGAAUCUAAGUGUUGGCAAGGCACUAUAAAUACGUAAAGUUGCUCCUCAAGUCUCAUAUAUCCUUAACUUAGAGCUUCACAGAGAUGGGAACAGAGCAAAUCCCAGAAGUGUUACUGAACUCUGGCCAAAAGAUGCCAUUAAUUGGCAUGGGAACAAGUGCCGUGCCCCAGCCACCGCAUCAUCAUCUCACCUCCAUUCUUGUUGAUGCCAUUAAGGUAGGCUACCGCCAUUUUGACACUGCUGCCUCCUAUGGCUCAGAAGAAUCUCUUGGCCAAGCUGUUGCAGAAUCUAUAGAGAGAGGCCUCAUCAAGAGUCGUGAUGAAGUGUUCAUCACUUCAAAGCUAUGGUGCAACUGCAACCACCAUGACCUGGUUCUCCCAGCCCUCAACAACACACUCCAGAAGCUGGGAAUGGAGUAUGUGGAUCUUUAUCUGGUGCAUUUUCCUUUGAGGUUGAAGAAAGAAGCUGCAAGCUUUGAGUUUGCAAAGGAGGAUAUCUUCCCCAGCUGGGACAUGAAAGGGACAUGGGAAGCCAUGGAAGAGUGCUGCAGAUUGGGCCUAGCCAAGUCUAUUGGCGUAAGCAACUUCAGUAGCAAAAAGCUCUCUCAGCUUCUCCAAUAUGCUACCAUCCCUCCUGCUGUUAAUCAGGUGGAAAUGAACGCAGUAUGGCAACAGGUGAAACUGAGAGAGUUUUGCAGAGAGAAGGGGAUUCAUGUGAGUGCAUGGUCUCCAUUGGGAGCAAAUGGAGCCAUGUGGGGCUCACUUGCAGUGGUUGAGAAUCCACUUCUCAAAGAAAUCUCUGCUGCAAAAGGGAAGAGCUUGGCACAGGUUGCAUUGAGAUGGUUGCACCAACAAGGGGUGAGUAUUUUAGUUAAGAGCUUCAAUAAGGAGAGAAUGAAGGAAAAUCUUCAAAUCUUUGACUGGGAACUCAGUGAUGAUGAGCUCGCAAAGAUUGAGCAGAUCCCACAGCGCAGGGGUUUUUCUGGGCAAAUGUUUGUUCAUCAUGAUGGAAUUUAUAAAUCCUCGGAGGAGCUUUGGGAUGAUGAUGCAUGACAUGCUGAAAAUGAGAACAAAUUAUCAGUACACUCUCAUUAUCUAUUUGGAGAUCAUCUUGAUCUUUAGUAGAAAUCCCUGCGAUUUCUUCCACCAUCAAACGACCAUGGAUUUCGUUGAAAUAUCAGCGUAAUUUCGGAUAUCGGUGGUGGUCAAUGGUCGAUAUGAAAUUAGUCACCGAUUAUUGGUUGAACAGAAUUUUGGCAAAAAAUCGGUGAAAUUGUUGAUAUAUCGGCCAUUGGUAAUGAUGUAAUCAAUUAUGAAAAAAUAUUUCCUAAAUUGACAAUGUAAUCAAUACAUACUAUGUAUUCUAGGUAGUCCAAUCAUAAAAAAAAAACCAAUAAUGUAAACAAUUAUGAAAAAAUAAUGUGCUAAAUUGAUAAUGUAUUUGAUAGA